UGUAAUGCCCUGAAAAUGUUGAUGUACGACACAUACCGUGUAUCAUCGCUUUUUGUGGUCGUGUUCUUUGCACAGAUCAACAAUGUAGUCGCUGAUCGUUGUUUGACAGAGUUGGCGUUAGCUGGAACGUUCGGUGGCGCUUUUGUCUUACUACUUAUUGUCUUCUUGUUAUAUUGCUGUUGUUCACGAAGUCGUGAUCUUCGACAGGGAAAUGCUCGAACUAAAUUUACAAAUACUGCUGGCAGUCUGAAUAUCGCAGUGGACAAUGAAUUAGAGAUGAAUGAUAAGAAGGAAUGGUUACAAUACUAUGAACGAAAGAUACCUAAUAUUGAAAUGGCUACGAUAAAGGCAAAUUUUGACCUAUCGGCCAGUGAGGAGAUAUUGUCUACUAAUGGUGAUUUCUCUGGAACUGCAUCCUUAGAAAAUGAGCCAAAAAUCUUUGUGUUUGUGAAGAAGACGCCGGGGGAAAGUCUAGGCUUGUAUCUGGUUCCCUUUGGAGAGGAACCUUUAACUGGGCUUUAUGUCAAAUCAAUUGAUCCAAGAAAAUCUGCGGCUAGUCUUGAAGUUUUUGAUCCAGGUGACAAAAUUUUGUCAGUAAAUGGAAAAUAUUUGCGUGGCAUGACGUACCGCGAGUCGACCGAUUUCAUCCGGGAAUGUCCUGGGCCAUACGUAAACAUGGGAAUCAUCAAGCAUGCUCUGCAUACAAAAGAAGAUUUAGCUAAACUUCAAAGUGCGUCAUUAAACGACGGUCGUUUUUCGGCUGGUGCUAAUGUGGACGUACGUAUUCCUGACGUACAUGUAGGUGGGUCUGGGCCUAUCAAUGUCGAAGGACAAAUGCCUAGUCUACCCAAAGUAGACAUGGAUGCUAGUACAACUAAACAAGUUGUCGUCGAAGAUGAAAUACAAAUAGCUAAGCCGGACGUAUCUUUCAAUGUUGAAUCCACUCCUGAUGAUUUUACUAUGGAUUUUGGGGGUAUAGGCCUUGGUGGAGAAGGACCAAAUCAGUUUUCCGGAGAAAUGAAUGGAAAAGGAAUGGGUGGUAAAAGUGCAAUAAAUGCUGGAAACAUAGACAUUGACUAUAGUGCACCGUCUGGUAUCUUUGAUACGGAUAUUGAUGAAGGAAAAGGAAACUUCAAGGUAAUGUCACCAGAUACACAUAAAAUACACACUAAUACCACAAACCUUAAUAUCGAUGUUCCAUCCAAGGGUGGUAAUAUUUCAUUUCCGGAUACAAACAAAGAAAUGGGACCCAAGGGUGAGGGGGGAGCUAAUAUUAAGGCAAACGUUGGUUUCCCAAACAUUAAUUAUCAGGGCAACAAUAAUAUCGGCGCUGGGACAAAUAUUCAAGACUCAGACAGUGAUACUUCGGAUGGUAAAGGUGGAAGAAUAAAGCGAAAGUUGAUGCUCCCUUCUGGUGGAUUUAAUUUUUCCGGUGGAAUUAAAGGAGAUGGUGACAGUAGUGGCAGUGAGACAUCUGAUGGAAAAGGUGGAAGAAUAAAACGAAAGUUAAAAAUUUCGCAGCCUGCAAUUAAAUUAAAUUUAGAUGGAGACAAAACUGGAUAUGAAAGUGACAGUGAAACAUCAGACGGAGAAGGAGGAAGAAUCAAGCGAAGUAAAAAAAAUCUAAAAGCUGGAGUGUCAGUCGAAGAAAGUGCUGACAUAGACUUUGCAAAAGCAGGUGAUAGUAAGAGUAAAAGUUUCAAGAAAAAAAGAAAAUUUAAGUUCAAAUUGCCAAAAAUUCUGCAAAGAAAAAAGUCCAAAGGCAAGAAAAACAAAUACGACGUGGAAGGUAAUCAAUUAAAAGCAAAUAUGCAAAUUGCUGACGUAGGAAUUUCUCAUGAAAUUAAAGGCAACGAUGAAAGCAGUAAUAGUGAGACAUCCGAUGGUAAACGCGGUAGAAUUAAACGAAAGUUAAAAUUACCGUCAGGUGAAUAUGGCAUUUCUGGAGGUUUGAAAGGACCAAAAGGAGAUGCAGAUAGCAGUGACAGUGAUACGUCUGACGGCAAAGGUGGAAGGAUAAAACGUAAGUUGAAAUUUCCUUCAGGUGGUAUUGGCAUUUCUGGCGGAAUUAAAGGAGAUGGUGACAGUAGUGGUAGUGAAACAUCUGAUGGAAAAGGCGGAAGAAUAAAACGAAAGUUGAAAUUGCCUUCUGGUGGUGUUAGUAUUUCCGGUGGAAUCAAAGGCGAUGGUGAUGGCAGUGGUAGUGAUACUUCUGAUGGUAAAGGCGGCAGAAUAAAGCGAAAAUUGAGACUGCCUUCUGGUGGUAUUGGUAUUUCAGGAGGUUUAAAAGAAUCUAAAGGUGACAGUGAUAGCAGUGGUAGUGAAACAUCUGAUGGUAAAGGUGGAAGAAUAAAACGAAAAUUGAAACUACCUUCUGGUGGCAUUGGUAUUUCCGGAGGUUUAAAAGGAUCUAAAGGUAACAGUGAUAGCAGUGGUAGUGAGACAUCUGAUGGUAAAGGUGGAAGAAUAAAACGAAAGUUAAAACUGCCUUCUGGUGGCAUUGGAAUUUCCGGAGGUUUAAAAGGAUCUAAAGGUGACAAUGAUAGCAGUGGUAGUGAGACAUCUGAUGGUAACGGUGGAAGAAUAAAAAGAAAACUAAAAUCUCCAAACGUAGACAUAAAAGCCAAAGCAAGUGCCGAUAAAGACAAAGAUGGAAAAUCCGGCUUUAACCUUCCUAAAUUUCACAUGCCCAAAUUUGGUUUUGGUGGCAGUGGAAAGUCCAAAGGAAAAUCAAGCAAAAAAGGAAAAAAGAAAGGUUUUGAAAUGGAAGGAGACGUUAAAUUGCCUUCUGGUGAAGUAGAAGGUGAUAUUCCCAAAGUUAGCAUUGACACUGAUCUUCAAAAUGAACCACCUUCUCUCAGUUACAGUGGCAGUGAUACUUCGGACGGGCAUGGAGGAAGGAUCAAGAGGAAACUGAAACUACCAUCGGGUGACAUAAACAUUUCUGGACGUUUGAAAGGACCAAAAGGGGAUGCAGAUAGCAGUGACAGUGAUACGUCUGACGGCAAAGGUGGAAGGAUAAAACGUAAGUUGAAACUUCCUUCAGGUGGUAUUGGCAUUUCUGGCGGAAUUAAAGGAGAUGGUGACAGUAGUGGUAGUGAAACAUCCGAUGGAAAAGGCGGAAGAAUAAAACGAAAGUUGAAAUUGCCUUCUGGUGGUGUUAGUAUUUCCGGUGGAAUGAAAGGCGAUGGUGAUGUCAGUGGUAGUGAUACUUCUGACGGUAAAGGCGGCAGAAUAAAGCGAAAAUUGAAACUGCCUUCUGGUGGUAUUGGUAUUUCCGGAGGUUUAGAAGGAUCUAAAGGUGACAGUGAUAGCAGUGGUAGGGAUGCAGAGAGCAGUGACAGUGAUACGUCUGACGGCAAAGGUGGAAGGAUAAAACGUAAGUUGAAACUUCCUUCAGGUGGUAUUGGCAUUCCUGGCGGAAUUAAAGGAGAUGGUGACAGUAGUGGUAGUGAAACAUCCGAUGGAAAAGGCGGAAGAAUAAAACGAAAGUUGAAAUUGCCUUCUGGUGGUGUUAGUAUUUCCGGUGGAAUCAAAGGCGAUGGUGAUGUCAGUGGUAGUGAUACUUCUGACGGUAAAGGCGGCAGAAUAAAGCGAAAAUUGAAACUGCCUUCUGGUGGUAUUGGUAUUUCCGGAGGUUUAAAAGGAUCUAAAGGUGACAGUGAUAGCAGUGGUAGGGAUGCAGAGAGCAGUGACAGUGAUACGUCUGACGGCAAAGGUGGAAGGAUAAAACGUAAGUUGAAACUUCCUUCAGGUGGUAUUGGCAUUUCUGGCGGAAUUAAAGGAGAUGGUGACAGUAGUGGUAGUGAAACAUCCGAUGGAAAAGGCGGAAGAAUAAAACGAAAGUUGAAAUUGCCUUCUGGUGGUGUUAGUAUUUCCGGUGGAAUCAAAGGCGAUGGUGAUGUCAGUGGUAGUGAUACUUCUGACGGUAAAGGCGGCAGAAUAAAGCGAAAAUUGAAACUGCCUUCUGGUGGUAUUGGUAUUUCCGGAGGUUUAAAAGGAUCUAAAGGUGACAGUGAUAGCAGUGGUAGGGAUGCAGAGAGCAGUGACAGUGAUACGUCUGACGGCAAAGGUGGAAGGAUAAAACGUAAGUUGAAACUUCCUUCAGGUGGUAUUGGCAUUUCUGGCGGAAUUAAAGGAGAUGGUGACAGUAGUGGUAGUGAAACAUCCGAUGGAAAAGGCGGAAGAAUAAAACGAAAGUUGAAAUUGCCUUCUGGUGGUGUUAGUAUUUCCGGUGGAAUCAAAGGCGAUGGUGAUGUCAGUGGUAGUGAUACUUCUGACGGUAAAGGCGGCAGAAUAAAGCGAAAAUUGAAACUGCCUUCUGGUGGUAUUGGUAUUUCCGGAGGUUUAAAAGGAUCUAAAGGUGACAGUGAUAGCAGUGGUAGGGAUGCAGAGAGCAGUGACAGUGAUACGUCUGACGGCAAAGGUGGAAGGAUAAAACGUAAGUUGAAACUUCCUUCAGGUGGUAUUGGCAUUUCUGGCGGAAUUAAAGGAGAUGGUGACAGUAGUGGUAGUGAAACAUCCGAUGGAAAAGGCGGAAGAAUAAAACGAAAGUUGAAAUUGCCUUCUGGUGGUGUUAGUAUUUCCGGUGGAAUCAAAGGCGAUGGUGAUGUCAGUGGUAGUGAUACUUCUGACGGUAAAGGCGGCAGAAUAAAGCGAAAAUUGAAACUGCCUUCUGGUGGUAUUGGUAUUUCCGGAGGUUUAAAAGGAUCUAAAGGUGACAGUGAUAGCAGUGGUAGGGAUGCAGAGAGCAGUGACAGUGAUACGUCUGACGGCAAAGGUGGAAGGAUAAAACGUAAGUUGAAACUUCCUUCAGGUGGUAUUGGCAUUUCUGGCGGAAUUAAAGGAGAUGGUGACAGUAGUGGUAGUGAAACAUCCGAUGGAAAAGGCGGAAGAAUAAAACGAAAGUUGAAAUUGCCUUCUGGUGGUGUUAGUAUUUCCGGUGGAAUCAAAGGCGAUGGUGAUGUCAGUGGUAGUGAUACUUCUGACGGUAAAGGCGGCAGAAUAAAGCGAAAAUUGAAACUGCCUUCUGGUGGUAUUGGUAUUUCCGGAGGUUUAAAAGGAUCUAAAGGUGACAGUGAUAGCAGUGGUAGUGAAACAUCUGAUGGUAAAGGUGGAAGAAUAAAACGAAAAUUGAAACUACCUUCUGGUGGCAUUGGUAUUUCUGGAGAUUUAAAAGGAUCGAAAGGUGACAGUGAUAGCAGUGGUAGUGAGACAUCUGAUGGUAAAGGUGGAAGAAUAAAACGAAAGUUAAAACUGCCUUCUGGUGGCAUUGGAAUUUCCGGAGGUUUAAAAGGAUCUAAAGGUGACAAUGAUAGCAGUGGUAGUGAGACAUCUGAUGGUAACGGUGGAAGAAUAAAAAGAAAACUAAAAUCUCCAAACGUAGACAUAAAAGCGAAAGCAAGUGCCGAUAAAGACAAAGAUGGAAAAUCUGGCUUUAACCUUCCUAAAUUUCACAUGCCCAAAUUUGGUUUUGGUGGCAGUGGAAAGUCCAAAGGAAAAUCAAGCAAAAAAGGAAAAAAGAAAGGUUUUGAAAUGGAAGGAGACGUUAAAUUGCCUUCUGGUGAAGUAGAAGGUGAUAUUCCCAAAGUUAGCAUUGACACUGAUCUUCAAAAUGAACCACCUUCUCUGAGUUACAGUGGCAGUGAUACUUCGGACGGGCAUGGAGGAAGGAUCAAGAGGAAACUGAAACUACCAUCGGGUGACAUAAACAUUUCUGGAGGUUUGAAAGGACCAAAAGGGGAUGCAGAGAGCAGUGACAGUGAUACGUCUGACGGCAAAGGUGGAAGGAUAAAACGUAAGUUGAAACUUCCUUCAGGUGGUAUUGGCAUUUCUGGCGGAAUUAAAGGAGAUGGUGACAGUAGUGGUAGUGAAACAUCCGAUGGAAAAGGCGGAAGAAUAAAACGAAAGUUGAAAUUGCCUUCUGGUGGUGUUAGUAUUUCCGGUGGAAUCAAAGGCGAUGGUGAUGUCAGUGGUAGUGAUACUUCUGACGGUAAAGGCGGCAGAAUAAAGCGAAAAUUGAAACUGCCUUCUGGUGGUAUUGGUAUUUCCGGAGGUUUAAAAGGAUCUAAAGGUGACAGUGAUAGCAGUGGUAGGGAUGCAGAGAGCAGUGACAGUGAUACGUCUGACGGCAAAGGUGGAAGGAUAAAACGUAAGUUGAAACUUCCUUCAGGUGGUAUUGGCAUUUCUGGCGGAAUUAAAGGAGAUGGUGACAGUAGUGGUAGUGAAACAUCCGAUGGAAAAGGCGGAAGAAUAAAACGAAAGUUGAAAUUGCCUUCUGGUGGUGUUAGUAUUUCCGGUGGAAUCAAAGGCGAUGGUGAUGUCAGUGGUAGUGAUACUUCUGACGGUAAAGGCGGCAGAAUAAAGCGAAAAUUGAAACUGCCUUCUGGUGGUAUUGGUAUUUCCGGAGGUUUAAAAGGAUCUAAAGGUGACAGUGAUAGCAGUGGUAGGGAUGCAGAGAGCAGUGACAGUGAUACGUCUGACGGCAAAGGUGGAAGGAUAAAACGUAAGUUGAAACUUCCUUCAGGUGGUAUUGGCAUUUCUGGCGGAAUUAAAGGAGAUGGUGACAGUAGUGGUAGUGAAACAUCCGAUGGAAAAGGCGGAAGAAUAAAACGAAAGUUGAAAUUGCCUUCUGGUGGUGUUAGUAUUUCCGGUGGAAUCAAAGGCGAUGGUGAUGUCAGUGGUAGUGAUACUUCUGACGGUAAAGGCGGCAGAAUAAAGCGAAAAUUGAAACUGCCUUCUGGUGGUAUUGGUAUUUCCGGAGGUUUAAAAGGAUCUAAAGGUGACAGUGAUAGCAGUGGUAGGGAUGCAGAGAGCAGUGACAGUGAUACGUCUGACGGCAAAGGUGGAAGGAUAAAACGUAAGUUGAAACUUCCUUCAGGUGGUAUUGGCAUUUCUGGCGGAAUUAAAGGAGAUGGUGACAGUAGUGGUAGUGAAACAUCCGAUGGAAAAGGCGGAAGAAUAAAACGAAAGUUGAAAUUGCCUUCUGGUGGUGUUAGUAUUUCCGGUGGAAUCAAAGGCGAUGGUGAUGUCAGUGGUAGUGAUACUUCUGACGGUAAAGGCGGCAGAAUAAAGCGAAAAUUGAAACUGCCUUCUGGUGGUAUUGGUAUUUCCGGAGGUUUAAAAGGAUCUAAAGGUGACAGUGAUAGCAGUGGUAGGGAUGCAGAGAGCAGUGACAGUGAUACGUCUGACGGCAAAGGUGGAAGGAUAAAACGUAAGUUGAAACUUCCUUCAGGUGGUAUUGGCAUUUCUGGCGGAAUUAAAGGAGAUGGUGACAGUAGUGGUAGUGAAACAUCCGAUGGAAAAGGCGGAAGAAUAAAACGAAAGUUGAAAUUGCCUUCUGGUGGUGUUAGUAUUUCCGGUGGAAUCAAAGGCGAUGGUGAUGUCAGUGGUAGUGAUACUUCUGACGGCAAAGGCGGCAGAAUAAAGCGAAAAUUGAAACUGCCUUCUGGUGGUAUUGGUAUUUCCGGAGGUUUAAAAGGAUCUAAAGGUGACAGUGAUAGCAGUGGUAGGGAUGCAGAGAGCAGUGACAGUGAUACGUCUGACGGCAAAGGUGGAAGGAUAAAACGUAAGUUGAAACUUCCUUCAGGUGGUAUUGGCAUUUCUGGCGGAAUUAAAGGAGAUGGUGACAGUAGUGGUAGUGAAACAUCCGAUGGAAAAGGCGGAAGAAUAAAACGAAAGUUGAAAUUGCCUUCUGGUGGUGUUAGUAUUUCCGGUGGAAUCAAAGGCGAUGGUGAUGUCAGUGGUAGUGAUACUUCUGACGGCAAAGGCGGCAGAAUAAAGCGAAAAUUGAAACUGCCUUCUGGUGGUAUUGGUAUUUCCGGAGGUUUAAAAGGAUCUAAAGGUGACAGUGAUAGCAGUGGUAGUGAAACAUCUGAUGGUAAAGGUGGAAGAAUAAAACGAAAAUUGAAACUACCUUCUGGUGGCAUUGGUAUUUCUGGAGAUUUAAAAGGAUCGAAAGGUGACAGUGAUAGCAGUGGUAGUGAGACAUCUGAUGGUAAAGGUGGAAGAAUAAAACGAAAGUUAAAACUGCCUUCUGGUGGCAUUGGAAUUUCCGGAGGUUUAAAAGGAUCUAAAGGUGACAAUGAUAGCAGUGGUAGUGAGACAUCUGAUGGUAACGGUGGAAGAAUAAAAAGAAAACUAAAAUCUCCAAACGUAGACAUAAAAGCGAAAGCAAGUGCCGAUAAAGACAAAGAUGGAAAAUCUGGCUUUAACCUUCCUAAAUUUCACAUGCCCAAAUUUGGUUUUGGUGGCAGUGGAAAGUCCAAAGGAAAAUCAAGCAAAAAAGGAAAAAAGAAAGGUUUUGAAAUGGAAGGAGACGUUAAAUUGCCUUCUGGUGAAGUAGAAGGUGAUAUUCCCAAAGUUAGCAUUGACACUGAUCUUCAAAAUGAACCACCUUCUCUGAGUUACAGUGGCAGUGAUACUUCGGACGGGCAUGGAGGAAGGAUCAAGAGGAAACUGAAACUACCAUCGGGUGACAUAAACAUUUCUGGAGGUUUGAAAGGACCAAAAGGGGAUGCAGAGAGCAGUGACAGUGAUACGUCUGACGGCAAAGGUGGAAGGAUAAAACGUAAGUUGAAACUUCCUUCAGGUGGUAUUGGCAUUUCUGGCGGAAUUAAAGGAGAUGGUGACAGUAGUGGUAGUGAAACAUCCGAUGGAAAAGGCGGAAGAAUAAAACGAAAGUUGAAAUUGCCUUCUGGUGGUGUUAGUAUUUCCGGUGGAAUCAAAGGCGAUGGUGAUGUCAGUGGUAGUGAUACUUCUGACGGCAAAGGCGGCAGAAUAAAGCGAAAAUUGAAACUGCCUUCUGGUGGUAUUGGUAUUUCCGGAGGUUUAAAAGGAUCUAAAGGUGACAGUGAUAGCAGUGGUAGGGAUGCAGAGAGCAGUGACAGUGAUACGUCUGACGGCAAAGGUGGAAGGAUAAAACGUAAGUUGAAACUUCCUUCAGGUGGUAUUGGCAUUUCUGGCGGAAUUAAAGGAGAUGGUGACAGUAGUGGUAGUGAAACAUCCGAUGGAAAAGGCGGAAGAAUAAAACGAAAGUUGAAAUUGCCUUCUGGUGGUGUUAGUAUUUCCGGUGGAAUCAAAGGCGAUGGUGAUGUCAGUGGUAGUGAUACUUCUGACGGUAAAGGCGGCAGAAUAAAGCGAAAAUUGAAACUGCCUUCUGGUGGUAUUGGUAUUUCCGGAGGUUUAAAAGGAUCUAAAGGUGACAGUGAUAGCAGUGGUAGUGAAACAUCUGAUGGUAAAGGUGGAAGAAUAAAACGAAAAUUGAAACUACCUUCUGGUGGCAUUGGUAUUUCUGGAGAUUUAAAAGGAUCGAAAGGUGACAGUGAUAGCAGUGGUAGUGAGACAUCUGAUGGUAAAGGUGGAAGAAUAAAACGAAAGUUAAAACUGCCUUCUGGUGGCAUUGGAAUUUCCGGAGGUUUAAAAGGAUCUAAAGGUGACAAUGAUAGCAGUGGUAGUGAGACAUCUGAUGGUAACGGUGGAAGAAUAAAAGAAAACUAAAAUCUCCAAACGUAGACAUAAAAGCGAAAGCAAGUGCCGAUAAAGACAAAGAUGGAAAAUCUGGCUUUAACCUUCCUAAAUUUCACAUGCCCAAAUUUGGUUUUGGUGGCAGUGGAAAGUCCAAAGGAAAAUCAAGCAAAAAAGGAAAAAAGAAAGGUUUUGAAAUGGAAGGAGACGUUAAAUUGCCUUCUGGUGAAGUAGAAGGUGAUAUUCCCAAAGUUAGCAUUGACACUGAUCUUCAAAAUGAACCACCUUCUCUGAGUUACAGUGGCAGUGAUACUUCGGACGGGCAUGGAGGAAGGAUCAAGAGGAAACUGAAACUACCAUCGGGUGACAUAAACAUUUCUGGAGGUUUGAAAGGACCAAAAGGGGAUGCAGAGAGCAGUGACAGUGAUACGUCUGACGGCAAAGGUGGAAGGAUAAAACGUAAGUUGAAACUUCCUUCAGGUGGUAUUGGCAUUUCUGGCGGAAUUAAAGGAGAUGGUGACAGUAGUGGUAGUGAAACAUCCGAUGGAAAAGGCGGAAGAAUAAAACGAAA